UGGACUAACCUUUACAACAGACAUCCACACUUUUCUCCCUCUGAGGACUGUCACCCCUUUACUCUUACCUGUCUCUCUUGCCAGCCCUGUUUCGACUGUCCCUCUCUCUUCCUCCUUUAUCUUUCUAUUUCUCCUUCCAUACCUACACCUCUCUCUUUUUGUUGCUCUUUUUUCCCCAAUUAUUUCUCCUUGUCUCUCUGUUUUUCUCUGUGUAUUUCUGGGGUUUUCUGUAACCUCCUUGUUGCCAAGCUGGAUUUCCUGCAGGUGAAACAUCUGAAGAGAAAGAGGAAGAGCAACUACACUGUGCGAGAAACACAGACUCUCAUCAGUGAGAUCCACAAGAGGAGGGAUGUGUUGUUCUCCAGACAGCAGAACACAGCCAUUAAUGAGCUGAAGAGACAGGCAUGGGAGGAAGUGGCCCGAGGUGUCAAUUCACUGGGGGAGGGUGAGCUACGAACUGCUGCUGAGGUGAAGCGACGCUACCUGGACUGGCGUGCACUGAUGAAGAGAAAACAGCUUCAGGCUGAGCUCUCUCUUUCCUCUUCCUCAGCAUUGUCUUUUGCCCUGAAGACGGAGUACAAUCAGUCUUCCCCUGAGCACGAUGCAGCUUCUCUGGGAUCAGGGUGUGACCAGCUGCUUGACCUUUCGGGCCUCCCAAAGGACUGUCAUUGCGACUGGCCAGAGCUGGUGGCUCUCAGCGAGCCGAGCGGUCAAGCCACGAUGGCACCGCCAGGCACAAAGAUGGAGUACGACGUCAGUGAAUACAGACUCGAUGGCGAUGGUGAUGUGGGAGAUGGAGAUGGGGAAAUAGAUGAAGAUGAGAUUCCCUCCCUCCUCAGUGACAUUGAGUCUCGUGGCGAGGGGCAUGCUGGUGAUGUUUAUUCCCACAACGGCUUGGGUGUGCUCAGCACCUCCAAGGCUCCGACCUCCGCCAGCAACAGAGACCUGCCGCUGGCUGCUGGCCUGAUGGGAGUGCCGCCUCAUGCGCUGGGAGGACUCACCAAUCAUGAAAACAUGGGUGCAGGGUUUCUGGUUGCUGUUGAGAAACAGCGACUGGAGCUGGAAAAACAACGCCUGGCCAUGGAAACUGAACGCCUGGCAGUGGAGAAAGAGCGGCUGGUAGUGGAAAAGGAGCGACUUCGUCAGAUGGAGGUAGAGAGGGAACGACUACAGCUGGAGAGAGAGAGGUUACAGGUGGAGAGGGAGAGGCUGAGGCUUUUGCUCCUCAGCCAAUCAGACCACAUCGACUCCUCUUUUAACCUGCUCCCACAACAAGGCCCGCCCUCGUCCUCCACGCUUUCUUUAUCCUGUAUUUAUGAUGGACAGAGGGAGAGAGAGAAGGAAGGUAAAGGGUGGAUGUCAGUGGUGGAUCUGGAGACAGAGAGGCUAAAACUGGAGAAGGAGAGACUGCAGCUGGAGAAAGAGAGACUGCAGUUCUUCAAAUUUGAGGCAGGCAGACUGCAGAUUGAGAGAGAACUCCUCCAGGUGGAGAAAGAGAGAAUGCAGCUGCACAAAGAUUAUCAGAGCCACUAAGAAGAAAACUGAUAAGAGAGAGAAAGUGGAGGUCUGAAAGUGAUGAAUAAAUUCAAUUUUCACCAUCUUCUAUGGCGUUUUUAAAACUGAAAAGAACACAGCAUUUGCCCUAAUCAACCGUAAUUUCAUACACAUAUAUCCUUAAAGAAGGUUUGAGCCACUUAAACGAUCAUUACUGUUUAUAAUUUGGCCAAGGAGAAGAUAGAGAUUGAGGGCUGGCAUAGUUAUGACCAUCUUGGUGAAGCAGUGCCUUAUGAUGUCUUCAUAUAGUGGGGGACAGCACAGGAAAAAAAUGCCAUGAUAAUAUAUCUAGGAUCUGUUUGGCGCACAGAGCUGGUUAUUAGCUGAACAUAUAAGAGGUUUGAGCAGAUGCUCAUGGCCCCAUCCAAAUACACUAAUGCACAAAAUGUGCAGUAUAGAACAUUAAAUGCUGGGAUAUCAAUGCAACACUUCCUUAGUAGUGUAGAAAUGUUUUAUAAUGGUAUAUAUGAAAGUAUGGGAUUAUGAUCUCCUACUCCAUUUAUGCAUCAAAUCUGUGCCAAUAAUUUCUUGCAUGGGUGCUUGCCUAUAAAAUUUAGCUUCCAACAUUGAAAAAACAAAAGCACACAACUGUUAUUUGUACGGAGAGAUUUUUUAUGCUAUUUAUCUUUUGCUGUCAAGUGCUUGUGUUAAAUAUACUUUUCAUGGAAAUAGUUGUGACUUUGUACAUUUGUCCGCCAUUUUUAAACUGAUAUUUCUCCUUUGCUAUUUUUCACAGCAGAAAUCUUCGCUUUGUCAUAGCAGGAAAAGCACAAGUGUGUUACUGAUAACAUUAACAGUGACUCUCUUCUAUUUAAGUGUCCCAGCAAAGCCAUGAGAAUGUGACAGUAAAGACCCUGAAACUGAAGCAGCUAAUAAUUUUAUUAUUUACAUCUCUGCUUUUCCUACUGUGACAUGUGUGAAAAUGUCUUCUGUGAAAAAGGCCUAUUAAGGUUUGACUUUUGAAAUUAAGAUUAGAGGACUUGGAAAAGAACCUGAAGAUCUGCAGUGAGCAGCUACUGGAUGUUGAGAGAACUAUAGUGAAUUAUGGGUAUGUUUUCUCCAGCUUUUAUUUUAAGCUCUGUUUUGUUAUAAACAUACUGUUAAGUGUUACUGGCUUCUGGAAACUUUAUUCUGCUGCUGUGUACUGAGGGUUAUAUCCUCCAAUAGAAUUAAAAACAACUCUUCUCCAUAAUACAAUACCCUUUGGUUAUUUAGUAACAGUUAUCCCUUUUACAUGUUUGUCCUGAGUUAAAACCAGUGUGUCUCUUUAAAGACCUCAUGACCUGAACAGGAAUUCUAUGUUACUAAGUUGGUAAGUAAUCUUUGUUGAGACAAAAAUAAGUGACUUACAGACAAAUUUUGUAAUGAUCAGA